AUGUUUUCUAUUCUGAAUGCUUUCUCAUCACUUGUUGUUCCUUUUAUACCAAAGCAUAGAGGGGAUGAAGAGAAACUUUUAAUAUUGAUCGGAACACUUGUCAGCGAUGAAAUUAAAGUGGUUGGAUUUGUGUAUUUAAAAGGAUGGGAGAAAGGGUUGGAAAAGCAGAAAGGUCACGUCAAACGACCUGUAACAUUGGAAAUCAACAUGACAAAGUUGAGUGUGGGAAUGUCGAGAGAAUCAAUGAAGUUUAUCGAUAGGUGA